AUGGCAUCCCCCCAGCAGAAGAGGCCCCGUUUAUCUCUGAAGAUCCAGACAUCUGUUGGCCCAGUCGCUCGAGUGUCACGACCACCCACCAUCGACACCAAGGAUCCUACAGCCUUCAACACCCUCUCCAAUGCCUACGCAUCUGUAGUUGGAAGGUCCGGCUUGACAGCCGCUCAUGCAGAGCCUCUGACUGCUAUCAACACCCUCCAAGCCUUCAGCCUUGCGACGCCGAUCGAGAAGCCAGAUCCUUCCAACCGGGCCAACACCCCAUAUACGAUGCACUACCCCGAGACACCUCUCUCUGCUCAUCCUACCUCAGCUCACCCUGGAUCCCCACGACAACUGGAGAUCAAGUAUCCUAGCACUAUGACGGCAACUCCUCCUCUGUCGGGAACCAGAGAUUCAAAUGAAUCUAAAGUGUUCACCUUUGCUUCGACUGACAUUGCCCAUGGGAAGCUGGCUCACAGACUGUACGACAACUCGGACUCCAACACGAAGCCACGCACGAUUGUCUAUCAACCCUCUGCUCCCGGUCUCCUGCCACCAUACACCCCGUCUCAGGCUCGCCAUAGCAUCCUUCGCAACUCACCACUGCCAGCAAAGACAGCCAUUCCUCCCCCUUCACCUAGACGGCAGUCACUGCGCCUGCAGGAGAGGGCAGCUCGCAGGGUAGGGUAUAACAGCCCUCUCGAACAGGAAAUCACCACAAACACCUACACCAGGUCACACAUCGACUUGCUCACUGAUGACGCUUCUCCACUGUCUCCUUUCUCGCCUUCCACUCCUGGAGGUGUGAAUGACUCUGCCGGAGCCUCCCCCUCCUCUGACAUGGCAGACGCACCAAAGAAGCCCAUCGUCCCCAAAUCCGCAGCUGCUGCGUCCCCCACUGGCAUUCGCAAGAGGAAGAGCAGAAAGGAGAAGCCCCGACGCUGGGUAUGGACCAUCGGCCAGGACAAUGAAGAAGUGGAAAUUGAAGUUCCUCGAGGCGACGCAGCAACCCCUAAAGUUAGGACUAGCGGGAUGGAGGACAUGACACCCAUCGGACCACCUAUCCCACAAAUCGCGCGCCGCGAGGCUCCGAUUCCCUCCAUUGAACUCCCCUCCGACGCCUCCAACGACAACGAUGUCGAGAUGACGGACGGCAGCAGUGUGGUCUCGUUUGAUACCGAGAGCCUGCAUUCCGUCGAGCAGGACAUGGACUUUGCCAUGACACCAAUUGCACCAAGGGGCCAACAGAAGUUUCUGGCGCAGAAGAAACGAGAUACACCCAUUCCUGAGCUGGCCACUUCCAGAGACGAGCCUGUGGCCGCCUAA